AAAAGUGCCCCAAUUUUCUUAAAUAAAAAUUAAAAAAAAAAAUCGUUUCGCUGUUAUCGCUUGUCGUUCUGAGAAGGGGGAUGGCUCCAUCCGUUUCUUCCCAACAGGACCAGGUGCUCCUUUUUCUGGAGACUUGGGUUUAUUUCAUUAUGUGUUCUAACGAUUUUCUUCAUUCAAAAGACUUUGAAAUCUCCAAUCGUGUUGUAUACGAGACACAACCCAGAAAACAUUCCUCUCCUCUCCCUUUGCUCCUACGCUGAGCUUCAAUAUGUCAAUCUGUCUGGCGGAUUAUGAGUUCCCAAAAUUUCUCCUUGCUUCGCAGCUUAACUAAGUUUGGCAUAUUUGCGAGAGGAUCACUCAUGUUUCUUCAUUAGCUCUGCAGGUUCUCGUAGAAGCAAACUCCUUUGCAAGAAUACUAACCUUCAACAGGCCUAAGCAGCUCAAUGCCCUCACAUUUCAGAUGGCAUGAUCUGUUCCUAAUAGGGUGCUUCAACUCUUUCAGCAAUUGGGAAUGUCAUACAUUGAGUUUUAGAAUCAAAUGCUUUAAGUUGUAAUUUUCCUUUUUGUAAUUAACUCGUGGAUAUGCUUCAAUCUGAAUUAACCUAUCUGGCUGGCCUUGGUUGGACUAAAAUGGAAUUCUAUUUGCUAUUGGUUAUGCUCGUGCUGCAGUUAUUGUUUUACAGUUUGAGAAUUCAUUCUUCUCUUGUCAUACUACAAUAUCUACAAUAUCCAAAGUAUAGGCAGCUAAGUAUGAUAACCUAUCAAGUUUUCUUCCUUCCAAUUGAAUCGUGCCUUCAGGAUCUGUAGAAUCCACUUUAAUAAACAUGCUUUCCUUCUCUAUUUCUAUAUUAUCUGAAUGAAUGUUAUACAUUGUCCACCAACAAACAUGAAUUUGUUGAAACAUAAAAUAGCAAUAAUAUUUUCUCUAUUUAUGGCAGAUGUCUCGGUUAUUGGAACUUUUUCUUGCUAUGAGGAGGAUCCUAAUGUCAAGCUGGUAAUACUGAAGGUUAUGCAACCCAAUGUUUUAGCACUGAAGAGAAUGUACCUCACAGCUGGCCGUUUGUCAUUAGGGAAAAGGAAAAGAUUUUCUGCUGUUGGAGAUGUUGCAGCUGUGGUACGUGAUAUUUGGGCAGGCCAUUAAUUAUUUUGGGGGAAAAACAAAGUGGUGGAAUCGAAUGAAGAUGACUAAGUGAUAAGUUUGGUUGGUCUUGUGUGAAGCUAGAAGAUGAAAUUGGUUUCAAUUCUAAAUGGAAUCGUUAUGGGAGGUGGGGCUGGUGCUUCAUUGCAUGGUAGAUUCUGUGUUGCAAUUGAGAACUCGGUUUUUGCAAUGCCUGAAGCAGCUUUGGGGCUCUUCCCAGAUGUAGGAGCCUCAUAUUUCUUGUCAAGACUCCCUGGAUUUUUCAGUAAUCCCACUUAUAUCCUUGCUUAUCUUAUACAUGCCCUAAUUACUAUUAUUUUUAAAAUUUCAUAUCCAAAAUCCUUUCAAAAAUAAGAUGAACCUUUGUUCAACCUCUUCAGUAGCAUCCAGCAUUUUGUCUGAUGCCUUUUACAUUUACAAGGAAAAACGGAAAGGCAGUAAAGCAUCAUUUGUUGGGUCUAUUUUUAUGAUAGCUACAAUGGCUACAUUUUCACUUUGUUGGGUCUAUUUUGGUUCAUAGAGCUGUUUCAUGCUGUACUGAUUGUUCUAGCUAGCCCGAAAACUUGUACACUUGAAUGUUUUACUGGUUCAAGGUUAGAUGGUGAAGAAAUGCUUGCAUGUGGCCUUGUAACUCACUUUGUCCCUUCAGCAGUAUGGUAUGCUUCCUGGCCUAAUAUGUAGUUGAGUUCAAAUACAUUUGAGAAAACGUAGAUUCAUCUUGGUUGGUUGAGAAAACAUGAUAGAGGGAACACAUAACAAGUGUCAGCUUUGUGUUCCCUUUGACAAGUAAAGUUCGCAUGCAUUUUUCUUCUUAUUCUAUUUAAACAUUAAUCUUUGAAAGUUAAAGUUUAGAGUUAUUGUCAGCUAAUAAAAAUAUGCUUCUAUAUCAUAUAAAGCUACUUUUGUAACAAUAACCUUAUUUAUCUUCUAAGGUUUUAUGCUCAUUUGUAUAGAGCUAAUUUUGUAACUCAAACCAAAUCUUUCCUUUGGCUGGGGAAAUUAAAACCAGGUUUCUGUCUGCACUUAUUAAAACAAUUAGAACUGCAAAUACAUUCUCCUACUUAUCUGUGCUUUGUGAACAGAGGAAAAGCUGCACUGUGAUUAUUUUAGGUUAUAAUGAUCAGAAUGGAGUAAAAACUCUUAUAAUUAGCUAGUUAGGACAACUGUGCUUCUGUCUUAGGUAUUUACCUUUACGUUAGCUAACUAUCUAGGAAGUGCAUUAUGCUUGUUAAUGUUCAUAGAAACAAGGCUAUAUAUGCAUAUUUUUUAGGGCUUAAUUUGCAAAUUUUCUUGCACUUGAAUUGAAAUCGACUUUUUGGAGGUUUGCAAUCAUGUCUAUAGCUUUUAAUUCCAAAAAAAUGUCACCAUCUGUUCAAGUUGUCAUCUGUGGGAUUGUUUUUCAUGCACUAUGAAAGCAUUUUAUCCUACUCAGUGUUUCAUUAGAAUUCUUAAAAGCUAUGCUGAAUUUAUAUUUCAAAAAGGGUAGUAUGAAACUCUCCUGUUUUGUUCUUAGAAAGUUUAUUUAUUUAUUUUUAAACUUGAGAACAUACAUUAUUAGUUUAUAUCUUUUCACUUAAUCAACAGAAAUUACCUAUGUUAGAAGCCGCAUUAUGCGAUGUAGAUUCCAGUGAUCCAGUAAACAUUUCAUCAAUUUUUGAUCAAUACUGUGAGCAACCCUCAUUGAAAGAGCAGAGUGUGUUCAAUCAGUUAGUUUUCUAUUAAUAAUUAAUUUUAUUGCAUAGCUUGUUUGAUAUCUGUAACCGAACAAGGGGCGGGAGAAAGAGAGAGAGAUUUUACAUAUUGACAAUGAAUACAAAAAAUUUUGAAUAAUUGUCGUUCUAUUUUAAUUCUGUUUAUGGUAGAUGAGGUAGCCUAUAACUGCAGACUGAAGGCACAUAUUCACAACAUUUAUACAUUCCAAAAGUCUGGUUUGUUACAUAAUAUAUUUAGAGUUUAUAGUUUGUUCUUAGAAAUUGAACUUGUUGAUGUCAUACUGACAUGACUUUCCUAGAUCCUCAUUAUCAUUGGUUAUGUGGCUGCAGGUUAGAUGUCAUUGAUAGAUGCUUCUUUAAAAAAACAGUUGAAGAAAUUUUAUCUGCUCUUGAGAGGGAGGUUGUUCACCAAAUGGAUGGUUGGAUCUCUGCUACAAUUCAAACUCUAAAAAAGGUUUCACCAACAAGUCUUAAAAUUUCUCUUAGAUCAAUUAGAGAAGGGAGGCUCCAAGGUUUGGGUCCAUGCCUUGCUGUGAGUGUAGAAUGGUUUGUCAUGUCUUGCGGGGAGAACUCAGUGAAGACUUUUUUGAGGGUUGCAGGGUUGCAGGGUUGCAUGGCUAUGCUACUGGAUAAGGAUAAGAACUCAAUGUGGGAGCCAUCCAAAUUGGAGGUUAUUGCUGAUAGUAUAGUUGACUGCUAUUUUUCCAUGGUGAACCGUGAAGAAUGGGAAGAUCUAAAGCUUCCCACUAGAUCCAUGUUCAACUUGCCACCAUAUGCCAUUGCAAAGCUUUAGAUGACACUUAAAACUGAUGUUGAGUGUAGGGUAGAAUGUUGUAAACUAUGUAAUACGCAAGUCCGUUUGGGUAUAUUCUUCUCAUUCUUUCAAUGAGUAAUAAGCUGUUAUGGGCAUUUUACAUAGGCAACACAACACUGAAUUCAUGUGAUCCCAAUAAAAAUUACCACAGUUAAUGCUUCUGUUUACAUUUUUUAUUUGAGGGGAGGUUUUUCAUCCUCCAUUUCAAGCAUGGCUGUUGUCAUUCUUCUCUUCUGUUUAGCAAAAUAGUUCUUACAAGCACCAUUUGACUGGAGGCUGCCUAAGAGUUGAAAAAAUAAAUAAAGCCAAUCUCUAUCGUCUAUGUAUGAUAGAUGAUCUGUAUGGCAUACAGAAUUAUAAAGCAUAAGAUUUUUAUCUCGACGGGUGAUUUUUCUGGCAGAUCUAUUGCUAUCGUAUUGGAGCAAGUUGGCUUCUCUGACCACCUUGUGAAUCAGUGCAAAGUGAGAUUAUAGCUGACAGGAGGAUGUGCAAUAUUCCUGCGAUGAAAUCAAAAUAAGUGGCCAGCGUCGGAGUAAAUGUUGUUUGAUCUUUGAAGCUUUCUCACGGGGUUGAGAGUCCAAGCAGAGUGAGGUCAGAUGCUAAAGAAACGAUGGAGAGCAUAGGAGAUAGAUUAUCUGUGAAUCGAUUCAUCUAGAAAGGUCAGAGGUGGCAAUGGCUGCAGUUUU